CAACAACAGCAGCAGCAGCAACAACAGCAGCAGCAACAGCAGCAACAACAACCGCAACAGCCUCAGCAGCAACCAAAACAGCAACAGCAACAACAGCCGCCGGGCCAGCAGGGUGACAGCUUCACUAUGUCACAAAGUCAAACAAUUAACUUCAUAGCUCAAAGAGGGAACAACGCCAGACAACGUCAACAGCAACAACAGCAACCCCAACAACAGCAGCAACAGCAUCCCCAACAGCAACAACCGCAUCCCCAACAGCCUAGCCCUGUGCCUCAGCAACCCCCUCAGCAGCAACAGCAGCCGAAUGGGCCACAACAGCAACACCCCAAGAUGGUCCAUCAACAGCAACAGCAGCAAUUACUAAGAGCACAACAGCAGGCGAUGCAGCAGCAAGGCAUGGUCCGGCCUCCGCCACCAGAGUACAAGCCCAGUCUCAUGCAAGGCGUGCCACAGGGCUUCCCUCAACAACAGCGCCCAAUGAUGCGGCCGCAGCAGCAACAACAGCAACAGCAGCAGCAAAUGUACAUGCAACAGCAGCAGCAACAGAGAGGCGUGGCUCCGGGCGCGGCUCCGGGCGCGGUUCCGGGACAAGGAGCUUACCCGAAUCCGCGGGCCGGCGGCCUGCCCCGCCAGAGGUUGCCCGCGGGCAUGGCCAUGGGCAUGCAGGGCUCCAUGGGCAUGGUAGGUGGUGUGGCCAUGGGCAUGAGGCCCGGAGGACCCGGGGCACCCGGGGGUUCGGAGUGGAGGCACAUGAUGAUGCAGCAGCAGGCCAUGGCGAGCAACAUGCCUGGUGGAAUGCCCGGAAACGGCAUGCCUGGAGGCUUGUCUUCGAGUGGUAUGCCGGGUGGUAUGCCCGGAAACGGUAUGGGUAUGCCUGGCAACAGUAUGGCAGGCGGCAUGCCGGGGAACAGCAUGGCGGGGUCAAUGCCCGCAAACAUAGCGGGUCAAAUGAGAGGGGCCUUCCCUCACGGACCUCACCCUUCCCAUCAAGGAGCCCCACACCAAGGUGUUCAGGACCAACGUCUGUACUAA